CCCUGGGCAUGUUGGGAGGUGCCUGUCCCAUGUCCCCUCCGAUGGUGGGCUUGGGCAGGGAACAGUGGUGCGAGAAGUCCAGCUGAAGCAGGGGGCAAUGGGCCCAGGGUGGGGUGGGUGUAGGCUGGAGCAGUCGGAAGCUUCCAGAAGAAGAAUGGACUCCAGUAUCUAUCCCACGGCAGACACCUCAUUUCUCCCCCGUCUUUGCGCACCCUGACAGUGACAACAGCAUGACCGCCCCCGGGCCUGCCAUGCCAGAGCUAAACCCAGCUGAGGAGGCUGGAGGCCCAGCAGGAAAGGCCGUGGCAGGUGCCGGGGAGAAGGGCCCUUGGCGGGGCCGGCGGCUGCCCGCAACUGUGGUGGAGUCCAGUGAGGUGGGCUCUGUGGAGAGUGGGGAGCUGCGCUGGCCCCCAGAGGCCUCCCUGAGGAGGUCAGCCCAGAGCCAGGUCGCUGCUGCCCCCUCACCAAGGGAAGCACCAGGGAAGGCUCUGGAUGACACUGGCAGUGAGCGUGCCAGCUGCAAGGACCAGGCGCCCCAGGCCUCGCAGUGAGAGGACAGGGACACGGCCAGAUCCUGUGGGGCAGGGCGGAGGGGUACCCUGCAAACCCUGCCCCUGCUCGCUGACCGCUGAGGGGCCUUGGCCCCGGGGUGGCUGGGGUGACGCUUGGAGCGGGGAGAACCGGCCAGCGCCUCCUGCCUCACGGGGUCUGGCCGGGACCACAGGCCUGCCCUCUUCCAUCCAGAGCCCAGGGUCUGGAUCACACCCUCCUUGUCCUGAGGUUUGAA